AUGGCUGGAAGGAAGGAAGCACGUGAAGGUGGACGCGGAGGCGGACGCGGUGAGGCGUCUCGUCAGUCGCGUCGAGGACAAGGGCUGCCGCCGGAGGAGCUCAAGGCCCUGGACGACGUUGUCCGGGAGGCUCGGAAGGCUGGCGCGGAGAAGCGCAAGGCGGCCCUGGAAGAGAAGAAGAAGGCGUCGGCGGCCGAUCAAGAUCAAGCGGCCCCGGAGUCCUCCGUUCUGGAUGCGCACCAAGCAAAUCAGGAUGAGGCUCCGGAGGCGGACUCGACCGAGUCUGUGCCGGCCGGCACCGAAUGUGUCCCAGACCCGGUGACGGGACUGGAUGAGGGUGCCGAUGAGGUUGAGCCCCCGGCUGAGGAUCGAGUUUCGGACUCUCCCCAGCCGGAUGAUGAAGUCGAGAUUCUGGACGAAGCGCCGACGAUCAAGCACGAAGGCCCGCUGUCGACCGUGGAGGAAGACGGCGUACUGAAUGACGAAGCCGACACCCGGUCUGCGCCAGCACAAUCCAGUCUGGCCGUGACCGCCCAAGCUCCCGCGCUCAAGAUGGAAGCCCAAUCCAGACCCAGUGAGACCAAGGCCCAAGUGAGCGAGGCUCAGGCGAAGGCGUACGCCGAACAAGUGCGUCGCUGGGAGCAGCAUCGUGAACGCGCUGCCGUCCAGCUCAAGGUGGAGUAUGCCUGGCCCGAGCCGGCACCCGACUUCACCGAAUGGUGGACUGCCGCGCUGCUAGCUACACUUACCGAGCGGCUGUUUGGUGGACAACGGCGUGGGGACUGCGGCCAGGACGUGCGGGAUGUCGGCGCCAUGCGGGACGGCGGAGCGUACUGCGGCAAGCAGCAGGAGCUGCAGCAAGACGUGCGGGAUGUCGGCGCCGUGCUGGACGACUUCAGCGGCAGGGUCAACGACAAGAGACGGAUGCCUGCAGCGGACGUCUACUGUGACACUCACUUCAUGGUCAAGAGCAUGCACCGGUGCGACGUCAAGCGCCUUGCCUUCCUGCUGAAGUUGCUGAUAAUUCCUGAUGCGAUCGUCUAA